UUGCACUGAAGCUGUAUGGACCCAGUGGUUCUACUAUAAUGCAUUACAGUUGUCCUGAAUCCAGUCAGAACCAGCUACAAACACAGCCAAAUGGCAGAGUUAGGACACGUCAGGAGACGCUAAGUGGCACCAACAGGAUCACGUCCCACUCACAGAAGCUCGGCUUUGCUGCCUUCUAGUGGUUUGUUGACGACAGCAGAGGGCCGUGCAACUGUCAGCCAUUUAAUUCAAUUUUAUUUAUAGCGCCAAAUUACAACAAAGUUAUCUCAAGGCACUUUACUAAGUAAUGUUUAAGACCUCACACAACUAAGCCCAACAAAUCCCACAUACAGUACAGCAAGCAGCCAUGCUGCUCAUUCAUUCAUUCUCCUUUGAAUCUAACUGAUAACAGGCAGCACAUAAUAGUUAGGUGUUUUAAGGAUAAAUUAUUAUUAUAUAUGAAACCAAAGCUAGAAGCAGAGACAGGUCAGCUUCUGUGUCAGUUCCUUUAGACAAGGAAGCUGUUAGUGACAAAAUAGUUUCCAUCUGGUCUCACUGAAAACUCAAACUGAAAUCACCUUGUCUGUGUUUUUGUUUUUAACCUGUGGCAACUCACUGUUAAACUAACCAACAACGAUGAAUCGAUUCGGAUGCUGGGGUUCAGCAGCUGUUGAGGCUCUACCUCUGGAAAAGGUCCAGGCUGAAGUGAAGGAUGCCACUGGGCCAAGUUCAAGAACCGAAGCCAUAGCCAUGGAAUGACCGGACAGCAGCAGUGAGGGAAUAAAGCCAUCAAAGAAUGUUGAUGUCUGAAUUUACCUGACACCAAGGACCAAGCUGAGAACCUUUGAUCAUACCUGAAUAAACAAAAACUAGCAAAAAAAACAACAGUCUUUAAAGAACAAAUCACUCAGCUGGUCUCCUGGUGCUUCGAGGUUCUAGGCCAAGCUCCCCUGAGGUCAGGUUUAGGCUUUAGGUCAGGUUCUACCAAGGCUUAGAACCUUUCUUUCUAGUUACAGGUUCUACGAAGCAUCUCAAACGCUGGACGUCAUUCAUACGCUGAGCCGCUCUGGGUUCUAUUUGUUCCAUCACUAACUGUGGUUCUACAUGAGACUCACUGUCUGUUUCUCCUGUAGUUCUGCUCUGUCCUCAUCUAGAGGAAUCAUCUGACUCAGAGCUGUGUGUCUCCUGUGUCCUGUAGCUUCACACACACAGCGUGACAUUGGAAUUCCAAAAGGCCAUUAUAAUGUUUUCCUUCUAAAGACGCUUCCUCUUCCUGAUCAGCCAUUGUGACAUUUACUGGACCUGGAGUCGUCGGUCCACAGACGGAAGCUGCGGUCACUCCGCCGUCAUAGCUUCUGUCCGACAGGUGUAGUUCACGGCAGCUGAUCCAAAUGCAGAGUAACGUGGUUCCGAGCGGGAACCUCUCGUGUUCGGCCGUGAGGGAGUGUCUGCGCAGAGCGUGCCGGGGUCUGGGCUCCGUGUGGCGGAGCGGUCCCGGCGAAGGGAGCCGUCCGGCCGCUGACGCGUCGGAGGACGGCGUCCGCGGCGCCGACGGCGCCAGAGCCCCGCAGCGCGAGGCGGCGCCCAGCAGCGCCGUUCACGCGGCAAAGUGGGCGUUCGAGGCUCGGCACGAGGACGAACUGUCGUUCAAAGAGGGAGACUUGUUCCAGGUGAGCAGCAGCAGCGGGGACUGGUGGCAGGUGCGAAGGAUCGACGCGGACGGGAGCGUCAGUGAGAGCGGCACGGUGCCCGGAACCCACCUGGCGAGAGCCGGGUCCGUGGAGCUGCAACCAUGGUACUUUGGGAAAAUGAAACGUUUUGAGGCCCAGUGCAACCUGAUGGCACCAGGAAAUGAGGACGGAGCCUUCCUGGUGCGACACAGCGAGAAACACGGCGUUGGACUGGUUCUGUCAGUGAAGUCAAGCAACCAGGUGAGGAAUUUUAAAAUCUUUGAAACGAAUGACGGUGAGUUCCGCGUGCAGCAGGGCCUCACCUUCAGCUGUGUGCUGGACCUGGUGGAGCACUACAGCAGCCACAGCCUGAGCUCCAUCGGCAGACUGGGACGGCCCUGCAGGAGGAUCAAACCCAACCCCCCAGAUUUAAGCCACUACACAGCAGAUGAAUGGGAACUGCCCAAAGAAGAGUUCACCCUGGAGAAGGAGCUGGGCAGCGGCCACUUCGCUGACGUGUACCGGGGCCGCUGGAAGAACCACAUCAGUGUCGCUAUCAAGGUCAUCAGAGACUCAGAGCUGAAUCACGGGGACUUUCUUAGGGAAAUUCAGAUCCUAAAGAGGCUUCGUCACCGUCACCUCAUCUCCCUGCUUGCUGUGUGCACGGCCUCGGCGCCCUACUACAUCAUCACGGAGCUGAUGGAGAACGGCAGCCUGCUGUGCUUCCUGCGAGGUCCAGAGGGGCAGCUUCAGGACGUGCCGUCUCUCAUUGACAUGGGAGCCCAGGUGGCCGAUGGCAUGUCCUACCUGGAGGAGCACAACAGCGUCCACAGGGACCUGGCUGCUCGGAACGUCCUGGUGGGAGAGCACGGCGUAUGCAAGGUGGCCGACUUUGGCCUGGCCAGAGUGAUGAAGGAGUCCUUCUACAUGGCCGAGGAUAAAAAGAUUCCCUACAAAUGGAGCGCUCCAGAGGCCAUCAGCCACGGCAGGUUCUCCGUUAAGUCGGACGUCUGGUCUUUUGGGAUCCUGCUCUAUGAGAUCAUCACGUACGGAGGGGUCCCCUACCCAGGCUUCAGCAACCAGGAGGUUCACCAGCAGCUCUCCAGAGGAUACAGGAUGCCAAGUCCAGACAACUGUCCAGAAUUUCUCUACAACAUCAUGCUGCGCUGCUGGAGCGCGGAGCCAGAAGACCGGCCCGAUUUCAAGAUGCUCACGGUUCAACUGGAGGACAGCUAGAAGCUGACAAAGUGACAGUGAGCUCCUUGGCCUCACACAUUCAGUAGACGCGUGAGGGAGGGCUGGAGGGAGGGGAGAGGAAGGCCAGGCCGGCCUCCUCAGCUCAUAAGGGCUCAGGGUGUGUGUCUGGGAGCCUGUGUUGUUGAGUCUGAAGAGGCAGGUCGACCACAAGCUACUGGCCUCCUGAUGCUCCGUCCUCCUGCUGCUUUACCAAUGUGGCUGGUCAAAGCAUCUGUGUCCUACAGCCAACAGCUGGGCUCAGGAUGUUGAUCCUGUAGGUCAGAGCCAACACACCAUGACCAGUGUCAAUUCCCCAGCCUGCCUACUGGCCCGCAACCACUUCUACAAGAAACAGGAGGUGGAGCUGAUCAGUAACAGCUUUGGAAGUUUGAAUUAUCUCCUAUAUUUACCAGGACAGAGAAGCUGAUGUUCAGGCUCCAGUCCAGAGGUUUCAACAUCUGUGUUCACUGGUCAGAACAACUCUGUGAGACGGAAACAGGUCAACAUCUGGGUCACGAUGCAAAGUGCUGGACUCAAUGGAUCAGGAGGAGUACAGGUCAGCGUUGUUCUGGACUUUUCUACCUUCAAACCAAGUGGCUCCACUGGUCCGGACGUCAAGUAGCAGGAAGCAAUUCUGCACAGACUGAAGGAAGCUUCCUUCUUAUCAGCCCUCGUGGCUGAAACAACAGAUUGGCCGAUCACACAUGGACAGAGUAGAGUCUAAGUGCAUGAGGGUGAAGAAACUGAUGGGUAAGCAAACAGUUGUACCUUGUACCUGAAGGCUGUUUGUUGUGUCAAAUGAAAGGUACUGAUGAUAAUAAAACAUGUGUGGAGCA